AAAGGGAAAACGGGAAACUCGGAAGUAGGAAAACUCCACAGCAAAUCUGACUGAAAUCUUUGCUCGUUCAGUAAAGUACUUUACGGUAUCACACAUCCGAACAGUGCAUCUUUAGUGUGUGCUCUUUAAACGGAGACGAUCGGGUCGAGAGGAAACGCAAAAAAAUGUACACUUUGCUUAGCGGAUUCUACAAGUAUCUUACACAGAAGGACGAAUACUGCAUACUGAUACUGGGGUUGGAUAAUGCCGGCAAAACGACGUACCUCGAGGCUGCCAAGACGAAGUUGACAAAGAACUACAAAGGGAUGAAUCCGAGUAAAAUCACCACGACCGUGGGACUAAACAUUGGCCAAAUAGACAUCUCGGGUGUGCGGUUAAGCUUCUGGGAUCUGGGAGGGCAGCAGGAGCUGCAGUCGCUGUGGGAUAAGUAUUACUCCGAGUCACACGCCGUCAUCUACGUGAUCGACUCGAACGAUCGCGUCCGAAUGAACGAAUCUAAGGAGGUGUUUGAUCGCAUGAUCAACAACGAGUACCUGUCGGGGAUACCGUUGCUGGUGCUGGCGAAUAAACAGGAUCUGCCGGAAUGCAUGGGCGUGCGAGAGAUCAAGCCGGUCUUCCAGGAGUCGGGCCAUCUUAUUGGACGGCGAGACUGCCUCGUCAUGCCCGUAUCAGCCCUCACCGGGGAAGGCGUUGAUGAAGGCAUUAAAUGGUUGGUUGAGUCGAUCAAGCGCAACUCAAUCGUACGUCCACCGAAGACGGAAGAUACCUGAUUCGUCUUCCCGAGGGAUGGGUAUCAUCUGCGCGGUUACUGUCCAACUAGCUAGCGCGAGAAUAUGCUGCUAUUUUGGACGAAAUCAUUCAUUCCCAUCAUAAGUUUUGAAACACUGUUGAGUCUGUGUAAUAAACAUCCGUCACAUUUCUGUUCAGUAAACCGUGAAAGUGGUUCGAAAAGCAGCUGCCACGUGCCGCUGCCAGCACAUCA